CUUGACGCAGCCACAGGGAGCAGACCUACACGCCCGCAGAUACACAAAGAGAGAGCAAGGACCUGCAGCAAUGGGGAUCAAACUGUAUUACACCACCGUUACUGCCUCACGGACGGUGAAGUCUCAGCAGGCCGAGGUGAUCCGAAUCCUCGAGAGCAAAAGCAUCCAGUAUGAGCUAAUCGACAUCUCCGUGGGUGGCGAGCUCCGCGAUGAAAUGAGAAACAAAGCAGGAAACCCCACGGCUGUCCCUCCCCAGCUUUUCAAUGAAGACAAGUACUGCGGGGACUACGAGAUGUUUUCUGAGGCGGUGGAGGCAGAUACAGUGGACCAAUUUCUGAAACUGACUGAGGGCGGCGUGUGAUUCUCCAUCUUAACCCCAUCCCCACAACCACUUACCUACCUACCUACCCUGCGCCCCAAUGGACCCCCUUUAUCCACUCUUUCUCUCGACAUCACCGAUAGUGUCCACCCACGUUCAAUGCCAUAAUGAAGAAUAAUGCCAAAUAAUCAGAAGACACACAUUCCCCCUACUGCACCAUUUAUCUCUCAAUCAGUCGUCAUCAGUUUUUAUUUUUUUGUGUUUAUUAUUUUCUGUUCUUUCCUUUGAUUCCUCUUGAACCUUUCUCUCCUUUGUGACACAUUAGUGUUACAAAGUGCUCCCAGGAAUCAACGGGGUGUCUAAAUGUGCAGUAAUUAGGUCGACUAAUCUUGGCCGCGGCCACAUGAUCGCUGGAGAUUUAACUAAUCCACCGGAUGACAACAUUCAACCCAGAAUCUUCCCUGAUCCUCUGCAGACCAAACGCACCAUAAUCACUCAGUCUUAACUACUUUGUCGUCUCUUUCAGUAGCCUUCAGGUUCCCAUGUUGCACAUGACGGCACGCUUAUUUGUACUUCACAUGGAUGAAAAUGCACACUGAAGUAGCAGGGACCGUAACGUCCCUUUUAAACCCAGUACAUUUUCAAUUAUUGCAGCUAAAGACGUCUUUUGUGGCGUUUAACUUCUUUUUUGUGAUUUUGGUCCAUUGGUCACCGUGUAUGGUAUGUGAUCAGAAGUUUGGUUCCGAAAUGGGACCCCACUGUAGCCCACUGUGGUCCUGCACUGAUCUAAACAGUGUAGAAGAGCAGUAAUGCCACCAAAAACUCGAAGAGUCCUUUUUUGUACAAAAUUAGAAACGCGUUAAAGGGAACCUGUCAAGUUUUUUGGAAACAAAAGUUAAAAGUUGUGUUUACAUCUAGUCUUUCUUACCUUGUGGUCUAACAAACGUAUCGAGUGCGUAUCCUGCAUAAAACAUCAGUUAAGCCAAUUGAAAUUAUUUUCAUAAUCCUGCAUUGUUUACAUAUAUGUUAGUUUGCUGGCAGUCUUCUUCUUUGCUUCCUUUGUUGGCACGUUGCUACAUUUGCUGGCACAAUACUACCAACUGUUUAUCAGUGGAAUAGCACGGCAGCAUGCGUCAUUGUGCGUUAUACAAUCCCACUCUUAAAAAAAAAAAACAAUGCUCCAUAGCGCUACUAGUGGUUAAAAACUCCACAGGGUACCUUUUAAGUCAUCAUUGGUUACCAGGCCUGUAGUUACCUUUUAGGACUUUUUAGACAACUUUUGAGGUAGUUAACAUAUUAUUAUAUAUUUGGAGUGUUUUAAAGGCUGUUUUCAGUAUUCAACAUUUUUUAAGUGUGACCACCUUUAGGCCAACAGGAAAAAGAAAUUAGAAAAGGAUUCAGUAUUUCCCGAAAUGUAAUGUGUAGAAGUGACCCUUAUGUG